AUGGAUUUGAAUGAUAUUUUUGCACUGAAGAAGCUGCUCGAUAAAAAUGUUGAAAAAAUUCACGCCAAAUUGGAAAACGUGACGCGUCACUCGGAGAUUUUGUACAAAAUUCUGGACGAGCGUUGGAUGAAUGUGGUUAAAGGGGAUCGAACACUUAUCGGUCUCCACGAUGCCUUGCUAAGCAGCAUGAGUGGUGUCAACGAAUGUUUGAUCAAGUGCAACAUGCAAAUUGAUCUAAACAAUCUCGAACCAAUUGUCGCCAACAUCGGCGAUAGUCUGCAGCGCAACGACUUCAUGAUGCACGCUUACAAAGAUGGGAUUGAGAAUUUAUUGAAUAAACGUCCGCAAAGACUACCGGCAAUCGAGCAAAUGACGGACUCCCAGCAUAUUAAUCAAAUUGAUGGGCUUUCGUUCUCCAUGUGCUCCAGUAGGAUGAUUAAACCUGAUGCGGGGAUCCCAAAGCAACAAGUAGAGCCCAUUACGGCCCCACAGUCCACUUCAGCACAGCCACAGGACUCGGCCAUUGCUUCCGCUGAUGCAAAAGCUCUGCCUUCUAUUUCAACAGGCAAACGAAUCCUUAAGCCACCGAAAGGCGGAAAAACAACACCCAGCAGUGAAAUCUAUCAUCAGAUCGUGAAGAACGUAGCCGCGUUUCCAGAGGGAAGUGUGAUAAAUGCCGCCGUGAUGCAAGUAAACAUAGCCAAAAAGUGUUUCUUUGUAGGCAUGUGGGAUGCAGAGCGGCUGCAAGAGUUGUUCUCGGGGAAGUUACAUCUUAAGGAGUUGGACCAGCUUCCCAACUUCGGGGAGAUCUUUGCGGUGUACGAUUGCAGCGACGGGGUCAUUCCACGUGUCAUAAUCAAUGAUUAUGCCGAUGGGGGUGGCUAUGAUGCCUAUUUGAUUGAUUUCGGCGAGCAUAUACAUAUGAAUGGCGACGAGACUAUAUAUGCCCUACCAGAUGACAUACGACUGCUGCCGGCGGAGGCCAUCAGAUGCUUCUUCAGAGAAUGCAGUGUGUCCCAUAUAGCCCAUCUCCGAUUCAAGAAAUUGACCUUGUGUGUUUUGGAAAAGAAGGGCGAUGAUUUAAUAGUGGAACUGGUUGAUGAAAGCGCAAACAAGAGUCGUUGCAAGAAUAGUCUGUCCAAAGCAGCUGCAGCCGAUUCUAUUCAAGAUCAGUCCGUGCCAGUCCCUUGCCAAACAACCAACCCAAAUGGGGCACAGAUAAGCGAGGCGGACAUGGCCAUGCUAAACGAGAUUGACGAAGGCACCAGUGACCCCUUAAAGGCUGUACUGGGCUUCAGACCCAAAGACGAACAACGAAUCUGUCGGCAUUACGAUCCGAAGAUCAAAGGCUGCUUCAAGGGUAGUAAUUGUCGUUUGGUGCACGAGCCCUUUGCACCUGACGGCACCACCAAGGACUUGGAGGUGGUAGACGCUCUGCCCGAGACCGUGUUUGAUACUCCGCUCGUACGAGAACUAGGAAAAAUUGUGAAAAUGCUGAUAACCUACGUGAGUACUACCACUGUAGUCUAUGCCCAACAUGUGGAUGGCUCUCCUCCUCUGGUAUGGACCAAGGACGAUGUCUUACGGGCCAAGAGUCAGUUUAAGCGGAAGCCGCAUAUGUUGGACAUUGUCUUGGCUCACUACAACGAUGGCUGCUAUUAUCGCGCCCAGAUCAUCGAGGAAUCGGACAAUGACUAUAAGAUAUUUUAUGUUGACUACGGCAAUACAGAGUUUGUGACCCUAAGCGCUCUGGUACCUUGUGGAGAUUUUGACAGAAUGCGGCCUCAUCGCGCCGUUAGUUGCUACAUAGAAGGCGUCGUGCCCAAAAGCUCCUUGUCCCGAAAAAAGGCCGUCGAGUGUAUGGAGUAUCUCAAAAGCAAAAUACUCAACGUGGAGGAAGACGUGAUGCUGGUCAGUCGUCUGCACGAUUGCUUUGAGAUUCGAUUCCUUGGCGACAAUGCCGAUCUGCCCGAGAAUCUGAUGAAGCGCGGCUAUGCACAGCCCAAUGAGGACGGUCCUACACCAUAUGAUUCUGAUCUUGAUCAGUAAACGGAUUUCCAUUUCCUGUUAUAACAUAGUCAUUCAUAUAACAUUUCUUUAGUCCUCAACUUUAUUUUUUUUCAUUCGAUAUGAAUUAUGCUGCCGCCAAGAGAUAAAUGACGGUGAGACAACAGCGCAAGCAGCCACAACAAACAUAGCAAACAUUGACAAUUCUUAUAGAUUGGGAAGACUGAUUUUCUUCCUGUAAGAGCCACCUAUUUGUGUCCUAUUUAGAUAAGUUUGAAUUUUAUAUCCUUUUUUUUGUACUUCCAUACCAAAUAAACAAUACAUACAUAUGUA